AUGGCCCUAUAUUUGGAUCAUAUGAGAGAGCUGGAAAAUGAAUUCGACCAGUUCUCUAUUGGGCAGCGACCACGGCUGGAAAACAGACACGCAGAUGCUUUAGCAUAUCUUUCUUCCACAGUCGAAACUGAUACCACCCGCUUCGUUGUAGUGGAUUUCCAAGAGUUACAUAGCAUCUUCGACAUCCACUUUGUUCCGGCUCUCGAACACGCUAGUGGGGGCGAGAGGGAAACUAUAUCAGCACAGGGAGAUACCGAGAACGUUGACAGCAAUAUGGAUGUUGACCGUCCAGUGAUAGAUGAUUCAAGCAGUCCUGCUGAAAAUACUUCGGACUGGCGUCAACCUUAUGUUCGGUAUUUGACAACCAGUGAACUCUCAGAAGAUGAGCAUUUCGCUAAAAAAGUGAAGAAGAAUGCUUGGAGAUAUUCAAUGAUCGAGGGACAGUUGUACCGCAAACCUGUAGCUUUGGAGCCAUUUUUACGGUGCAUAUCAGCAGAAGAAGGGAAACAGAUAUUAGCGGAGGCUCAUGAAGGAAUAUGUGGCAACCAUUCUGGAGGGCGCAGUCUUACGCACAUGAUACUUGCCCAGGGAUACUUCUUUCCAUACAUGCAGAAAGAUGCUAAAGAAUACGCACAGAAAUGCGUGCCAUGCCAAGAGCACGCUUCAGUUCCCAAAAGGCCCGCCAACGAAUUGCAUCCAGUUUUUAGUCCCUGGCCAUUCUCUAUGUGGGGACUAGACAUCAUCGGACCACUUCCCAAAGCUCCUGGAGGCGUUGAAUUCGUACUAGCCGUUACUGAUUAUUUCACCAAAUGGGUCGAAGCAGUGGCACUGGUACCCGUUACCAGACAUGAUGUGAAAAGAGCAAUGGGCAGGUGGAAGCAACCAAUCGCGUUAUUAUGGACAAUCUCAAGAAAAGUCUGGAAAAGGCGAAGGGAAAUUGGACAGAAUAAAUCCCUGGAGUCUUAUGGUCCUAUUGAACAACCCCAAACUGGAUUUUCACAAUUUACACUGGCUUAUGGGACAGAGGAAGUCAUACCCACCGAGGUACAUCUCAAGACUACCAAAACUCGUGCUAUCAAAUCUGGGAAAAACGACAGCAUACUGGCUUUGGAUAAAGAGUUGCUAGAAGAAAAAAGAGAAACAGCCUUACAGCAGUUGGUCCGAUACCAACAGGCAAUCAAGCUGAGCUAUGAUCGUAAAGUCAGAGAGCGAUCAUUCAAACCAGGGGAAUAUGUCUUGAAGAAAACCCGAGCAGCCACAAUGGAACCAAACUGUGGGAAGCUCGGAGCAAACUGGUCCAUACAUAGUGGACAGGCCAACAUCUCGUGGAUCCUACUACUUGAGGAACCUCGAUGGUACUCAAGAUUCAAAACCGUGGAAUCCAUGGAAUUAUUUCCACUUGAAGAAGUUUUAUCAUUAGGUAAAUUCGCAUAG